AUGGACCUUGAGAAAAAUUUAUUGGAAGAGGAUAAAAUCAAUAUUCAAUAAAGGAACUAGCCUCUGAUUCUUGAGAUGAAUACCCCUAGUGAAAAUAAUCUAUGGGAUAUUGUAAACGAAUAUAUUAGCUACAACAAGAUGAAGUAAUAAUUCAAAGUUCAAAAUGAUAUUCAACUUUACAAAGAAUAUCUUAAGCAAACUGAAGAAAUAAUCAGAUUCGGAUUCAAAAAUACGGAUGACAAUAGUUUCCCUAAGUAUCAAUAAAUGCUAAUGGAUUUCUUCCUUGAAUAGAGCGAUCAAGGUAGUCUCGACUAUAUGAAGCAGACAAUGACACGAAUAAACCUGAUUGAAGCCCCACCAGCAUAUUCAAAAAAUAUAAAUAAACUCAAUAAAAUAGUUGAAUAUAUACUAUUUUCUCUAUGUUAAGCUCUAAAGGUUAAGAAAAGCUUCUGUGAUAUUUUUCCAAUUAUUUUAAAAGCCAUUGAAGAAAAAAAGCACUAAUUUUAAAGUGAAGGAAUAAAAGAUAAUGAUUAUUUAGAGAUUAUAGUUUCUUUAGAUGCUUUAAAACUAAAUGGUGCUAUAUAGAGAAGAUACCGAAAUGAAACUGUGCUUGAUAAAAGACUGUGGAUUCUAACCUUGGUUAAAAAGCUCAUUCAAAAAGAUCAGUCAACUAACUUAUCCUAUGACAAUCUGAUUGGAAACUUAAGAGAUGGAGAAAUUGGGAAUAAAGUGAAGAAAUAAAUAUUCUAGGAAUUCUUUGCUUAAAAUAAUCUAGAUAAAGAUUUCUAAGAUUAAUUUUAUCAAACGGAGAGUAAUUUCUUCCAAGAUAACUUAGUUGAUACGCACUUCAAUAUACUUUCAACCUAACCUGUACCAGUACAUACUAAAGCAUAAUCUCCAGGCAGUUCAUAAUUUAAAAGGGAAACCUCAAAAGCAAGAGAAGCCUUGAUUAGAACUGUAAAAAGAAUCAAUAUAAUAAAGCGUUUGUCAAUUAUUAGAAGAGUUAAUGAAGUGAUCGAAAAAGUAACAACUGAGGAGAAGCAGCAAGGAUUGAUAACAUUUAAGAAGCUAGUAAAAAUUCUCAAUAUAUGCCACAUUUACAUACCUUUGAUUCAAAUAAAGCCAAAUAAUAGUACUGAAUUCAGCUUAGAUAUUAGAGAUAUGAUAGAGUUAACUACUUCUAAAGAAAAGUAUAAGAGAUAUGUCUAUUUGUAAACUCAGAGCAUACUCUAGAUAAUAAAGGGAUUUGGAGUUCAUUUAACAAUCAAUAACCUAUUUUUGUUAAUCACUAGGUUUAUUAUUGAUAAACCUCUAUAUUUUAUUCCACCAAUUGAAGUAUCUUGCUUAGUGGCAGAAUGCUAUUAUAGUCACAUAAUUCUGAAAGAAAGUCAUUUGAGAAAAAGAUUCCUUGAAAAAUUAAAAUCUGAAUAUAAUGGCUUACUAAGACCAUAACUUGAAGUUUACUUGUAUGACGAGUUGUAAAUUGAUAACUUAGCCGAGAGUCAUAAAAUUUUAUUCAAAAUAUUAAUGAGCAAGCUUAAAUCAAAGGUUGAUCAUCCUGGAGUUAUAAAUAAAGCAAUAUUGAGUGAACAGAAAAUUAUUUAUAAAUACAAAGACAUAGAGGAGGAAGUUAUCAAGAAAAUAGCCGCCUAGAAUAUGCUUAAAGAAAUCAAUGAUUCAUCACUGAUGAAACUGCUUAAGGUAAUCGCUAAGAAAGUUUAGGAUGGCAAGACUUUGAUGAAACAAAGAACAACAAUUAGCAAUUUUAAGAGAAAAAGAUGA